AUGGCUGUAUUCCUGAGCCGGUUACACCACGUUUCUCUCCAUGUUUCCAACGUGGAGAAGAUCGCCAGCGACCUGGUGUCUAAGUUUAAGUUCCGCCUGGUCGCCACGCGGCUGACCGACCGCUCCACGCAGCUGGCGUUCAGGAAGGGAGCGGCGGUGUUCGUCGUGAGUGAGAGACCGACCCACAGCCACGCGAGAAUGAAUGAAAGACUCCUGGACGUAGCGGAUCCGCGCCGUGCCGGCGCGGGAAAACACCGGCAGGGUAACCCCACGGCGUGCCUCUACGAUGUCAGCCCGUGUCACCCCGUGGACACCGUGAGCAACGUGUGUUUCGAGGUGGAGGAUGUGGAAAGGUCGUUCAAGGUUCUCAGCCACCUGGGCUGCAGUUUCCUGGUUCCUCCCACGACGGUCCAGGACGAGAAUGGCCUUAUGACCUACUUAGUAGUCAGAUCCGUGGUGGGGAACGUGUGCCACACGCUGAUUGACAGGACAAGAUAUGAUGGACCCUUUCUGCCCGGGUUUGAUGUGGCGGGGAAGGGCUGGAGCUCGGAGGAAGAGGAUGUAACUUGUCCCAUCACACAUUUUGAUCACAUCACUUAUGCCACCCCUAGGAAAACCACCCACCAGAUCAUGAGGUGGUAUGAGAAGCUCUUUGGCUUUCAGAGGUUUUUCAUUGAUAGAGAUGAAGAUAUGGACGAAGGUUUUGUGAUAAACCAGGAAGGUAUUGGACUACGACUCACCGCCAUGGAAUACUGGAAAUGUAGUAAGGCUGGGAUUAUUCUUCCCUCUGUGGAUAAAAAAGAGCCCGACUGCAAGUUUGUUAUUGCAGAAUCACUGCCUGAGCAAGGCAGUAACCAGGUGGAUACCUUCCUGCAGGAGCACAGAUCUCCGGGGAUCCAGCACAUUGGGCUGUACACCAAAAACAUUGCCUCGACUGCUCAUGCAAUGGCUGAAGCUGGAGUCCAGUUUUUCUCCCCCCCUCCGGCCUACUACACAGAGGUGGGAAAACAGCAGGAAAUCGAGGAGGCGGGACACAGCCCCCAGAUGCUGGCGCAGCAUGGCAUCCUCCUGGACACCGACCUGCACCAGGGUCCUUCACCUCAGACGACGUCCAGCGAAAGCAGACGGUACCUCCUCCAGGUGUUCACUAAGCCCAUAUUUGAUGAGGACACCUUCUUCCUGGAGCUGAUCGAGCGGAGAGGGGCGACGGGUUUUGGCGAGGGGAACAUCAGGGCGCUGUGGAGGUCUGUGCAGGCCUACAUGGAGAACGAGAGGAGCAACCCCCAAAGAGCGGAAACCUCCAAAACAGCACAGACAGUCCAAUCCUAGCACACCCAGCAGAGCACUACCAUUAACAUGUAUUUUGUAUGCGAAUCUGAAAGCACUUAUUAAGAAAAAAUAUAUAUGUAAAUUAUUUGCAGCUGUCUUGUCGACAUUAAAUUUAUUUGCAGCUUUUUUCAAUCAGUGCAACCCACCUGACAAAAAAAAAUUGUGUGUGGAAAAAAUCCAAACUCAAUCUCUGAAAUGUUGCAACAGAAACGUCUUUGUUGGAGCAGUAACAAAGUGUCUUUGUUUUCACUGUAUCAAAGCAAACCAAAUGACUUGAGAGAAACGCUUUCUCAAUA